AUGCCGCGGGCCCCGGGCCCGCUCCCGCCGUGGGCGCGCGAAAUCGUGGCCGCGCUGAGAUUUCUCGGACAACAUCUCGCGCGCCUGAGGCACCAGCUCGGCCGCCAGCUCGCCAAGGUCGCGCGCCGCGGCCCGAAGACGCUCGCCCUCGGCGCGCCGCCGCCCGAGAACGUGUCUCGCGCGCCCGAGGGUCCUCCGCUCUUCCCGCCGCUCGACGCGGAGCCGCCCGCGGAGGGGUUCUUCACGUCUUUCGACCUGCUCCUCCUCGCCGGCGCCUUGGCCGUCGUGGCGUUCGUCGCCUGGCAGAGCUACAAGCGGCGGCCCGAGGCCGUCGUCCGCUCCGUGACGCCGCCGCUCACGCCCGAGGACAAGGGUCCGACCGAGCCUCGGACACUCCCGAGCCGCUUCCGCGCCGUACUUCGCGGCGCGCAGUCGCCGGAAUUCGCCUCGCCCCAGUCCUUCGAGGAGCGCCGGUCGCGCCAGCCGCCGGCGCGCCGCCGCUCGCGGUCGCGGCCGCCGAAGCCCGGCUCGCCGCGGGGCGCGCCCGGCACGGCCGCGUCGCCGCAGAAACCGACGCGGCCGGCGCCGCCGCGCGAGGCCCGGACCGCCUUCGUCUACUUCGGCCUCGAGCAACUCGACAAGAUGAGGGCCGAGCACCCGGACUGGUCGCUGCGAAAAAUAGGCGAGACGUGCCAGCGGCGCUGGGAUUUGCUCGGCGACGAGGCGAAGGCGCCGUACGUGGAACUAGCUCAGACCGACGCGAAGCGCUACAAGGCCGAGGCGGCGGCGUACCUCGCAAAAAUGUAG